CUCCUCCUGACGCGAAGAUCUGCAAUUGUGUCAUAACUAGAGCAGCUGUUUCGAUUGUGGCAUUAGUAAGUUCAAUCGACGACGACAAUGUCUUCGACGUUCAGCGGGGAUGAAACUGCUCCAUUUUUUGGAUUUCUCGGCGCCGCCGCCGCCCUCGUCUUCUCCUGCAUGGGUGCGGCAUAUGGAACUGCAAAAAGUGGGGUAGGCGUGGCGUCUAUGGGCGUGAUGAGGCCUGAGCUUGUGAUGAAAUCAAUUGUGCCAGUGGUUAUGGCUGGUGUAUUGGGUAUAUACGGAUUGAUCAUUGCUGUGAUUAUUAGCACUGGUAUAAAUCCCAAGGCCAAAUCGUAUUACCUUUUUGAUGGAUAUGCGCAUCUUUCUUCUGGCUUGGCCUGUGGCCUUGCUGGACUUGCAGCUGGGAUGGCUAUUGGGAUUGUAGGUGAUGCUGGUGUCAGGGCAAAUGCACAGCAGCCUAAGCUUUUUGUUGGGAUGAUCCUUAUCCUCAUUUUUGCAGAAGCUUUGGCACUUUAUGGUCUGAUUGUUGGAAUUAUAUUGUCUUCACGAGCGGGCCAGUCCAGAGCCGACUAAAGAAGACUUAUCAGCUCAAUGUUCCGGACAAAACUUUCAGGUUCUCCUGGGGUAUGGAACAUGAGAAAAAUAGGUGCUGUAUCAGUCUAUUGAACCUAGUCCAGGUUUGAGUUGCUGUUUUGGAUGUUGCAUUAUUCUUCAACAUUAAUAUUUAAGAUGUUAUCUUCUCCUCCAACACUUAGUUUCAUUAGUUGUUCAGUAUUCUUCCCUGCAGUGGCAAAUAAUAGCAUGUAGCUAUCUGCUUUAAUAUGCUUCAUCUUUUGCGUAUUUGAAUUCAUGAACAACCUUUGAACCUUCAUUAUUAUUUGAAUGUUUUUGUCA